UCACCUGCUCUCCUGCAGUAAGGGAGCAUCAGGCAGCAUGUCCUCGCAGAGAUGGAUGCUGGCUGUCUACUUCUCAUUGGCCUCAGUUUUAGGGACAGUUGAAUCAGUCACAACAACAGAAACUCAGAAAUACACUUGCAGGACGUUUGGCAGCGGGGUCGUCCAGCCUUUCAACGGAUCAGGUUACUAUGUGAGAUCCAAUUGCCCGUUCACCCUCACCCGCUUCACCCACAACCGGGUUGAAUGUGACAUCACCACACGGCGAGGUGACAGCGGGCUGCUGGUCCAAGUCGAGAUCAUCAUCAACAAAGUCAGGACUGUUGUGCAGAAUGGAAGCAUCCUGGUGGAGAAGAAAAGUGUUUCCCUUCCAUAUGACCACACCUACCAGCACAUUUUUCAGUAUGGCAUCUACACUAAACUGAAGAGCUCGCUGCUUCCUCUGUCUGUCACCUGGCACAAUGUACCUGGAGGAAUAGACACACUGAGGGUGGAGCUGGAGCAGGAGCUGAGCACUGACAUGACCGGACUGUGUGGAAAACACAAUGUUCCAGGCAACAAGGAGCAGUUUAUUACAGAGAGCGUGCUUUCUGAGGACACAUGUCAAACCCGAGAUCCUGUCUCUGUCAUGAAUCCAAUAUGCAGACUGUUCUUUUCCUACACCUUGGAUUGUCUGCAAGCCAGGUUGCCUCAUUAUGUCCAACUCUGUGAAGAGAACAUCUACAGCUAUGAAAACAGCGAAUACAUCAGCUGUGCUUUCUUCAAAGAAGUUGUCCAGCAGUGUGGAAACAACAGCUACAUCUGGAACAUCUGGAGAUCUUCAACCAGAUGCACUCCACAUAGUUGUCCAGGAGACCUGCUUCAUGUAGAACAGGGUGAUCCCUUUGUUCCCAGCUGCUCCAACCCAAACCCCAGAUUCUCCAACCAGGAACUCACGAGCUCCUGUGUCUGCCCGAAGGGUACGGUGCUUAAUGAUCACGCAGAUGGCUUCCACUGUGUGAAUGUGUCCAGCUGCCCCUGUGUGUUUGACGGCAGCAGCUACGUAACUGGAGACACACGUAACACCAAGUGUCAGUCGUGCGUGUGUGAGGGUGGGAAGUGGCGUUGCUCUGACAACUUCUGCCCAGCCAGAUGUCUCAUUGAAGGGCAUUUUGUGACGACAUUUGAUGGCAAACAAUAUAUCGUCCCUGGUAAAUGUACAUAUGUGGUGUCACAGGGUCUCAACUGGAUAAUAACUAUUCAGUUUUCUGAGAAGGCGGUGUCUCUGAAAACAGUUGUCCUUCAGCUUUUUCAGGACGUGUAUACAUUCUCAUACAACAGAGUUAAAGUGGGAGAGGAAGAGAUUACUGAACUUCAUCAGUCUGAUCAUGCCCUGGUUUUCUGGCAGUCCUCCAUGUACGUCCAAGUCCAGACAUCCUUUGGUAUGAAGAUCCAAGUCCAGAUGUCUCCUGAGAUUCAGCUCUACAUCACUCCACCAAGAAACCACACUGGCAUAAUCUCAGGUCUUUGUGGCGACAGCAACAAUGACACCACAGACGACUUCACCACCAGCAGCGGGAUCAUCGAGAACUCGCCACAGCAGUUCGCUCUGUCCUGGACUGUGGGCACAUGUGCAGUGAACAUACCCCCCACCUGCAGCAACACAGACAACGAAAUAUUUGCAGAUGAGAAGUGUUCUCUGUUGAACCACCCAACUGGGAUAUUUGCCAAAUGCCAUAGUCAUAUCCCAACGGAUCAGUUCCACACUGCUUGCAUCCAAAGAACUUGUAACUGUGGCAGCAAUCUGCAGCAGUGUUUGUGUGUUGCUCUGGGCAGCUACGCCAAAGCCUGCGCCGUCCUCGGUGUUGCAGUUGGUGACUGGAGGAAAGCUACCAACUGCACUCUUAAAUGUCAGAAGAACCAAGAGUUCUCCUACGACAUGCUGGCCUGCAACCACACAUGUCGUUCCCUGUCUGGCCCUGACCCUCGCUGUUGGGUGGAUGAUGCUCCUGUGGAGGGCUGUGGUUGUCCGGAAGGAACUCACCUGAACCAAGGACACCUCUGUACCCCAAAAGCACUGUGUGUAUGUCACCACUAUGGUGGGACAACGCCGCCGGGGCGCGUUGUUAUCGACGGACGACAGUGCCUCUGUGAGAAUGGAGAACUGCACUGUUCCAAGGAUUGUGGCUGCAGAAAUGGGAAGGUUUGUGUUCACUGCUCCGAGUUCCCAGUUAACACGGCUCAGAAAACCUGUGACAGUCUCAGGAAACCACUGAGUGCCAGUACGACCUGUGAGAGCGGCUGUUACUGCCCACAUGACCAGUAUGAGGAUCACCGUGGAAACUGCGUUUCUCUGGACAACUGCACCUGUGUGUACAGUGGCAAAGUGUUCAGCGCAGGACAGCAUGUGAAAACCAACUGUAAAACAUGUGUCUGUGGUCAGGGUCAGUGGCACUGCAGAGACGAGCCAUGCCCUGGGAAGUGUCAAGUGUAUGGAAAUGGACAUUAUCAGACCUUUGACUCUAAGUGGUUCCGCUUUGACGGACACUGCCAGUACACACUUGUAGAGGAUUACUGUGGAAAUAGAAACGGCACCUUCUCUGUCAGAGUGGAGAGCGUACCCUGCUGCGAUGAGGCACUGACCUGCUCUCGCUCCAUCGUCCUGGACCUGCAGGGCUUAGUCACCCUGACCCUGAGUGAUAUGAGAGUGACGAGACGCCUCCAAAAAGGCUGGACCAUGCAAGAAGAUUCACUUUACACCACACACACCGUGGGACUCUACAUCAUAAUCUCAGUGCCAAGCAGAGGGAUAACUCUCAUCUGGGACAAACACACCAGGAUCACCAUGGAGCUGCAUCCAAACUGGAGGAACAAAGUGUGUGGCCUCUGUGGUAAUUUUGACUCCAAUGAGAUGAAUGACCUACAGAUAAGUGGCUCAGCAGUGGUUUCCAGCCCCAUGGCCUUUGGCAACAGCUGGAAAGCCGCCACACCUCCUUGUUCUGAUGUGACCACUGAGAUAUUUCCAUGUGAACGCAACUCCUACUGCUCAGCCUGGGCCCAGCGCCGCUGCCUGAUCAUUGCAUCAGACACCUUCAAAGACUGCCACUUAAAAGUGGACCCAGAACCGUACUACCAUGCCUGUGUGCAGGAGUCUUGCUCCUGUGAGUUUGAAGGCAAGUUCCUGGGCUUCUGCACAGCAGUGGCAGCCUACGCAGAGGCCUGCAGCGACCAGGAUGUGUGUGUCAAAUGGAGAACACCUGAUUUGUGUCCGGUCUACUGUGACUACUACAAUGAGCAGGGCCAGUGUAGCUGGCACUAUGAGCCCUGUGGUGAGAUGCUAACCUGUGGCAAAGGCAACUACUUCACUCACAAGGUGGAAGGUUGCUUCCCCAGAUGUCCAAAAGAUGCACCAUACUAUGAUGAAAACACUGGGGAAUGCACCAAAUUGAGGAACUGCUCCUGUUAUUUCAAUGACACAAUCAUUCAUCCUGGGACAGUGGUGAUGAUACAGUCUAAUAAGUGCCCCUGUGAAAAUGGAACAAUUAAGUGUCCACCUCCACUUACAACUACAACUAUACCUGCCACCACCUCUACAUCAAGCACUAUCAUCCCAACUGCUUCAACCUCCUCAGAAACAACUGUGCCCUCCACUACCCUAACAACUACAUCUGUUUCAACUACCUCUGAAACAUGGUCAACAACGCCUUCCACUCCCACCACACCGUUGACGACCAUUCCCAAUGUUUCAGCUACCUCUGAGACAUGGUCAACGACGCCUUCCACUACCACCACCCCAUUGACGACCAUUACCAAUGUUACAGCUACCUCUGAAACAUGGGCAACGACGCCUUCCACUACCACCACCCCAUUGACGACCAUUACCAAUGUUACAGCUACCUCUGAAACAUGGGCAACGACGCCUUCCACUACCACCACCCCAUUGACGACCAUUACCAAUGUUACAGCUACCUCUGAAACAUGGGCAACGACGCCUUCCACUACCACCACCCCAUUGACGACCAUUACCAAUGUUACAGCUACCUCUGAAACAUGGGCAACGACGCCUUCCACUACCACCACCCCAUUGACGACCAUUACCAAUGUUACAGCUACCUCUGAAACAUGGGCAACGACGCCUUCCACUACCACCACCCCAUUGACGACCAUUACCAAUGUUACAGCUACCUCUGAAACAUGGGCAACGACGCCUUCCACUACCACCACCCCAUUGACGACCAUUACCAAUGUUACAGCUACCUCUGAAACAUGGGCAACGACGCCUUCCACUACCACCACCCCAUUGACGACCAUUACCAAUGUUACAGCUACCUCUGAAACAUGGGCAACGACGCCUUCCACUACCACCACCCCAUUGACGACCAUUACCAAUGUUACAGCUACCUCUGAAACAUGGGCAACGACGCCUUCCACUACCACCACCCCAUUGACGACCAUUACCAAUGUUACAGCUACCUCUGAAACAUGGGCAACGACGCCUUCCACUACCACCACCCCAUUGACGACCAUUACCAAUGUUACAGCUACCUCUGAAACAUGGGCAACGACGCCUUCCACUACCACCACCCCAUUGACGACCAUUACCAAUGUUACAGCUACCUCUGAAACAUGGGCAACGACGCCUUCCACUACCACCACCCCAUUGACGACCAUUACCAAUGUUACAGCUACCUCUGAAACAUGGGCAACGACGCCUUCCACUACCACCACCCCAUUGACGACCAUUACCAAUGUUACAGCUACCUCUGAAACAUGGGCAACGACGCCUUCCACUACCACCACCCCAUUGACGACCAUUACCAAUGUUACAGCUACCUCUGAAACAUGGGCAACGACGCCUUCCACUACCACCACCCCAUUGACGACCAUUACCAAUGUUACAGCUACCUCUGAAACAUGGGCAACGACGCCUUCCACUACCACCACCCCAUUGACGACCAUUACCAAUGUUUCAACUACCUCUGAAACAUGGUCAGCAACUUCUUCCACUACCACCAUACCGUUGACGACCAUUACCAAUGUUUCAGCUACCUCUGAAACAUGGUCAACGACGCCUUCCACUACCACCACACCACUGACGACCAUUACCAAUGUUUCAGCUACCUCUGAAACAUGGUCAACGAUGCCUUCCACUACCACUACACCAUUGACGACCAUUACCAAUGUUUCAGCUACCUCUGAAACAUGGUCAACGACGCCUUCCACCACCUCUACACCAAUGCCUACAACUACCUCAACUACCACUGUAACCUCAGUAAACCAUACAGAGCUGACUUACACAACAGGCGUUACCAGCUCACCCACCACAUCAUCGACAACUAGAAUGAAUACCACAUCUACAAUGACAGCUGCUACCUCAGCACAACCUACAACAAUAACAAAUACCAUUGAAUCCACCGAGGUUGUCGUAACAGGGUCAGUGUGGACACAAGUUUCACAUUCCCAAAAAAUAGAUACAUCAACACUUACUUCCUCAACUCAGCCAACAACAAAACGUACAGAGCCAACAGUAACACUUCAAUCAGCAACCACCUUUGCGUCAAAUGCUACGCCUGCUGAAACCCCAGGUCCAACUAAAGUCACUUCAGUCCCUACAGCCUCAUCACAGUCCACCAUCAUAACAGUCAGUACAGAGUCGACAACUCACACAACAGUGUGCAAUGAGUGUACAGACCUGAAGAGGAAAAAAACCUGGACUUGUGGUGAGAUGUGGACAGAGGACUGUUUCCAUAAGACCUGUACAAAUGGGAAGAUAGAGUUGACUCCAGUGGUUUGUCCAGAGCCUAAAGUUCCCAUCUGCCCCAGAGGUCAGGUCGCAAAAGUGUCAGAUGGAUGCUGUGAAACAUGGAAAUGUGACUGUCGCUGUGAGCUAUAUGGGGAUCCCCACUACAUCUCUUUCGAUGGUGUAAACUUUGAUUUCCUGGACGAAUGCACCUCCAUCCUGGUGGAGGAGCGGUCACCACAACAUCAUCUUUCUAUUACUGUGGAUAACUUCUACUGUGUGCCGGGCCUCCACGGCUCCUGUGUUAAAGGCGUCAUCCUGAAUUAUCAAAACAACAUGGCUACACUCAAUAUCAUCCCAGAUUUGUUUGCAGUUCAGGCCACUCUGAACAAUGUGACCAUACUGCCGCCAUACGAGGAGCAUGGGUUGAGGUUUGAGACCACAGGGUACAUGGUGUCAAUCUAUCUCCCAGAGAUCCGCUCUUAUAUCUCCCUCAGUCCGUCUUAUACCCUGGUGGUCAAUCUGGCCAUGGAGCACUUCCACAACAACACCCAGGGACAAUGUGGUGUUUGUGGUAGCGGAUCAUGCAUCCGUAGAGGGGGGCAGAUCGAGGACAACAGCUGCUGUGAUAAGACGGCCUAUGACUGGGUGUACGCAGACCCUCUGAAGCCAGCCUGUGUUUCUGCACCAAAGGACGUACCCUGUCAUUCUGGUACAACUCCGGCACCCAGCUGCCCUGCAAGCCCUGCAAGCCCACUGUGUGAGCUGCUAGAUCACCCAGCAUUUUUAAACUGCAGUUAUUAUGUCAAUCUGAAGCUUAAAAAGAAGAACUGUGAGUUUGAUUCAUGCCGGAACGGAAACGGCUCUUGUUCUUCUCUAGAACAAGCUGCUGAGGAAUGCAAGCAUGUUGGUAUCUGCAUUGAGUGGAGGAAACUAACUAAUGGAAGCUGUGAUGUGCCAUGUCCAAAAGGAUUGGUUUACAGAGAAUGUCAUCCUAAGAUGGAUGACUUCUGCUUUGGAGGAAUGCACUAUCCAGGGGCCUCCCUCGAAAAAAACACUCCAGGUUGUUUCUGUCCCAACGGCCAGUUCAGGGCAGGAAAUCACUCGAACAGCUGCGUGUUUGACUGUCACUACUGUAAAGGACCACUUGGAGAGCCCAAAAUGCCUGGUGAGGUGUGGGAGUCCAACUGUAACCUGUGUACGUGUAACAACCAGACUCAGACAGAGGAGUGUUUUCCAAACCCCCCUCAGUCAGCUCCUGUCUGUAGCCCCACUGGUGUUUUGGUAAACACCUCGUGCUGUGGUCAUCAGAUUUGUGUUGAGAAGAACUGCAGUUAUAAUGAAAAGACAUACAAGGUGGGAGACACAUGGAAAGAUGCCACCCAUCCCUGCAUGUCGUUCAGCUGCAGCAAAGAGGGCGUUCAGACUGAGACUAGAGUGUGUCCCAGGGAAAACUGUCCUGAGGAGGACAGGAUUUGGGAUAACCAGCACUGCUGCUUUACAUGUAAUCAGAGCUGUGCUCCCAAGGUGUCCAGCUUCAACAUCACCAUAGACAACUGUACCACCAUCAUAGAAAUGCCUGUGUGUCAGGGCCAGUGUGUGUCUCAGCCCAGCGUGGUGUUGCAUGGUGACCUACAGGUGGAGCAGAAGAGCAGAACCUGUCAAGAGCGGCGCUCAGAGAGGAGAUCAGUGACCCUGCAGUGCUCCGACCACACUACCAGACACUACGCUUACAAGCAUAUCACCAGCUGUGAGUGCAGAAGCUGUGAUAUACUGCGUUAACAGCACAGACAGCACAGACCAAAGCCAAGAAUAUAUGAUUAUGUAACGUAUCCAUUACAUUUCCAAAUCAAAAACUAAUGUAUCUAAAUUUAGUAGAUUAUGAAUUGAUAUUUGAUUGUUUUUGUUCUCUAUUCAAAACUAAUAGUAUCAAAUAAAGUGAAUCAUUAGCUAAUCACCAAA